AAGAGGCGGAAGUGGCUCAUAAUCUGAGGCGGCGUCGACCCGGCUUGUUUGGCUUCAUCAUCUCUUUCCUCUCGCUCGCUCGGGCCCCGGCGGCCCGGCAGCCCCUCCACGGGCGGGCCCUAUGAGUGUGUCCCUGGUGGUCCUUCGGUUGGAGCUGGCUGAGACUUCGCCCGUGCCGGGUGGCUUCCCUUACAGUGCGGCCGCCACUGAGAUGUCUAAUGAGGAAAUCCAGGAGACGGCACUAGCUGCAGCCACAGCCUGUUUGGAAGGAAAGGCACCGGUGGAGAAAGCAGCCAUAAUUCACCAGCAUCUCGGCCGUCGGGAGAUGACAGAUAUGAUCAUUGAGACUAUAAAGCCCAACUCAGAUGAGAUGAAAGCCGCAAUGGAAGAAGGCAAAGCGUCCGAGGCUUCCUCCCCAGAGGACCGAAGUAAAUCCGGUGGCCAAAGUGUGGGACCAGCCCCAGAUUCACCCUCCAAGCAGCUGCCUGACCAGAUUUCCUUUUUCAGUGGGAACCCAUCUGUUGAAAUAGUUCAUGGUAUUAUGCACCUCUACAAGACAAACAAGAUGACCUCUUUAAAAGAAGACGUGCGCCGCAGUGCCAUGCUGUGUAUUCUCACGGUUCCUGCCACGAUGACCAGCCACGAUCUCAUGAAGUUUGUGGCUUCUUUUUACGAAGUCAUUGAACACAUGAAAAUAAUCCGCGACUCCACACCGAACCAGUACAUGGUACUGGUCAAGUUUAGUACGCAGGCAGACGCAGACAGCUUUUACAUGACUUGCAAUGGCCGGCAAUUCAACUCCAUAGAAGAAGAUGUUUGCCAGCUGGUCUAUGUGGAGAGGGCUGAAGUCUUCAAGUCAGAAGAUGGAGCCAGCCUGCCAGUCAUGGACCUGACCGAGCUGCCCAAGUGCACCGUCUGCCUGGAGAGGAUGGACGAGUCUGUCAAUGGGAUUCUCACCACCCUUUGCAACCACAGUUUCCACAGCCAGUGCCUGCAGCGGUGGGAGGACACCACGUGUCCUGUGUGCCGGUAUUGCCAGACCCCAGAGCCAGUGGAGGAGAACAAGUGCUUUGAGUGUGGAGUCCAGGAAAACCUUUGGAUAUGUCUAAUUUGCGGGCACAUCGGGUGUGGGCGCUACGUGAGUCGGCACGCUUACAAGCAUUUCGAGGAGACGCAACAUACCUAUGCCAUGCAGCUAACCAAUCACAGAGUCUGGGACUAUGCGGGAGAUAAUUAUGUCCAUCGCCUGGUAGCCAGUAAGACUGAUGGGAAGCUGGUCCAAUACGAGUGCGAGGGGGACAUGUGUCAAGAGGAGAAGAUCGAUGCCUUGCAGCUAGAGUACUCAUAUUUGCUAACAAGUCAGCUGGAAUCCCAGCGCAUCUAUUGGGAGAACAAGAUUGUCCGAAUAGAAAAAGACACCGGUGAAGAGAUCAACAACAUGAAAACCAAAUUUAAAGAGACCAUUGAGAAAUGCGACGCCCUGGACCGCAGGCUGAACGAGCUGAUCAAGGAGAAGCAGUCGCUCGAAAGGAAAUGCAGCCAGCUGAGCACCAAAGUGUCCAAACUCACCACCGAGCUGAAGGAGGAGCAGGAGAUGAACAAGUGUCUGCGGGCGAACCAGAUCUUGCUCCAGAACAAGCUGAAGGACGAGGAGAAGCUGCUGAAGGAGACCUGCGAGCAGAAGGACCUGCAGAUCACCGAAGUGCAGGAGCAGCUGCGGGACGUCAUGUUCUACCUGGAAGCCCAGCAGAAGAUCAAUCACCUCCCUGCCGAGGCGCGGCAGGAGAUCCAGGAGGGACAGAUCAAUAUUGCCAUGGCGUCGGCAGCCAGCUCUUCCGCGGGGGGCACCGGGAAGCCUUCAUCCCGGAAGGGGAGGGCCAAGCGGGGCAAGUGAGGAAGGGGGCGGCCCAGGCUGCUGACCUCACCAAAACUGGCCACAGAGAGCUGGGCGGAGGUGGAAGGAGUGUCGCCUGUCAGGUGCACGAGUCUAGCCAGGGGAUCGGCUGCUGGUUGCUAGAGCAUUUUCUCCCCUCGGUGAACUAGCCAGCACCGUUGGGCAGUCCUUAAGAAUUUCCUUCUGCUCUUAGGUGGUUACUUAGUCACUCCUUGGCUGACUGACGUUAUUUAACUUCUUCCUCUCUGCUGCAUAUCCGAGACAUUGUGUUCUGUUCUAGAUGUUUGCUUGGGAACUCACUUUAAAACAUGCAAAAACCAAAACAGUGACAGAGCCUUAGGUUUAUUUAAGGGGGGCAGGCCGGGAUAGGGCCGCCUCCACCACUUUCCUGAAACCCAGCGUCAGAAGCAGGGUUUCCUGAAUGAUCUCAGGAUGCCUGGUUUGAAAUGAGCACGGGCGUUCUCACGGUAGCGUGUGCUUUGAACGUCUGGGGAGGGCUGGACAGAAUGGAGAAAGCAAAUAGGCACGUGGUCCUUGCAAGACUCUGGGGGAGACGGUCUCCUGCUGGCACCCCAUCCUUGAUCAUGUGUCUUGCUUUAGGCUGCCAGGGGAAUUCACGCAGCCCUACACAGCGGAGAAGAAGCUCUGCUCAUAGUGUUGAGAGCUCUGCAUGGGUGUUUGUUAGCAUAACACGCUGCUCUGGCAUCUGGGGCCCUUUGGCCUAAGUAGGUGAACCCAGCUGGGCAACAGUUGAGGGCUGAACAAGGGGGGGAUACUGGCCAAGCAUUCUGGGGCUGCCCUGAAAGCAAAGGUGGCGCAAGGCACCGACUCAGCCCAGUCCGUUGCCUUUCAGAAGCAUCUCAAGUCUUCGUUGCCCAGUUGAGGCAGUCCCGACUCCACAAGCAUUCUGUCCGUGUAGCGGUGCUGGGUAGCUUUCUGGGAGGAUUCUCAGUUAACAUGGAAGCAGCCUGAGGGUAUUCAAAGGGCUCCGUUCUUUAUGAUGUGGUAGAGAGGGAGCAACCCUUGUGAUAUUUUCUCUGCCCUGCCCAGCUGAAGGGCAGACUUUUCCGUAGAGUCCCUGCUUUUAAUUACCCAGUAAGUGCUAUGCCUUACACAAGUCCAUGUGAGCCAACUCGGACAACAUCUUUUCACACACACUGCUGUGGGGGAAAGGAUGACUGGGGUUCUCCCUCCCUCCCUCUCUCCACUUCUUAGCUUCUCCCCAGGCUGUAUUUCUUCUGUGGAGUUCCAGGUGUGUUUUCCCUUUCCAUACUCAUUUUGGGAACUGGGCCCCUUCCAAAAGGCCUUGUUCCGAGAAGAGGCAGGAAAGGGCUGUUGGGAUUUUGGCUGUAUGCAUUUGCCAGUCUAGCUCUUCUGAUAGCAGGAGGCGAUAGGAUUCAGAUAUAGGAAGUCCUGUUGGAUGGGCUUCAGUUGGAAGGAAACUCAAAAGCUGUUGGAGCAGAGAGUGAAGAUAGCCAGCCAGGGCUGUCUUGUUCCACGCUGGGACAUUAAUGUAGCCCGCCAUGGAUCCGACCCCUUCAUGCUCCCCACCUCUCUUCCAGCUGUGCUGUCGCCGCCUUGUACUCAAGAGCAGCUGUGAAUGACAAGUGUGCUUGGCCUCUGCCUGCCGCACACGUGCCAUGUGAGUUUUGGCAAGACCUUUCUGCUUUGGGUGGCCACUGGCACUCUUGCAUCUGUGGCACUACCUGAGGCCCCAAUGGCCACAUUCCAGUGAUGUGGAAGCUGUCCUUCACAGUGCUCUAACACAAACCAGUGGACUCCAUGGUGGUGUGUGAGGGGAAGUGUGUAGUACAUGUACAUUCUAGAAAUCAGCCUAGUUUUGAAUCUUCCAUUAGUUAAUGGGGAAAUGUGCAUUUUUCACGUGUCAGUCCCAGGCAGAGUGCAAUAUUCCACUGGCUGCAAAACCAGGAUUUAUUAAGCUGGCUGCAUGAAACUGGGGACUUGAGUUCGACAGACAUGUGUGUUUUACUACAUAAAAUGUAUUGGCUUUCUGAACUUCUCAGUCUUUUGGUUCAAACUUCGUAGUAUAAUUUUUUUUAAAUUCAUGUACACGAUGCAUUGAGAGGUUUUCAAAGGCAAAGAGUUCCUCCUGUUGGUCUCCUAUAGAAACUCUAUUUUGGUUAUUUAAAAGAAUCCUAUUUUUGCACUAGCUACUUCGUUAGAUGCUCUGUGUGUGUGUGAUCUUCGGUUUCUUCACACACACCAAGUCAGGAUGACGCGAGUGUGUAUUAUUGCCGAGUCAUCGCAAAGAUGAUGGGAAAACUUUUCAACAAGGGCUUUGAGUGGGAAAGAGGCUCCAGUUCACAACCCAUUUGAUCAGCCGAUGCCUCACACAAAGUGUGAGGACCAACUGUUUUUAUGGUGAAUUCUUUGUUACAAGCUCCUGCAAUGAAAGUUUAAACUGUCCCCAGAAUUGUUACUACUCCAAACUGCACCUUGUUCACAUUAUAGUCGUGUGGAGUGACCCUGAUUGUUUCUAAGGAAGCCUGGCCUUUACUCUAAAAUGCCUGCGUGUCAUGUUGUAGGUGGUGGCCCCGGCCUCUCGGAAGCCAGGGGCAGAGGCUUGGGGCUGUUAAUUAAUCCACAUGACUGGUGUGCAGUACGAGAACACUGUGGUUGGGUGGGUAAGGUUUGCCAAGUCUCUCCUCCAGUGAGAGUUGUGUCUCUUUGUCAAAGGGUAUGCUGGACUUUGGCUGGCACAAGGAAUGCUAACAAAAACUUAGUUCUUAAAGUCACACGGCUGUGUAACAUCUGCUACAAGACUACAUUAAACUGGAAGAAACGUG